CAGCGAGCGCACCCAGGAGUCGCUCUGGGCAGGGCACUCUCCCCGCCGCCGAAACGCACCUCUCCGAAGCCGCCGCAAAUCAAAAUGGGUUAGAGAGGAAUGAUGCGUGGAUUAUAAAUUCAGACUGAUCUGAGAGGAUGUGGACUAGGGAUUUGCGGGCGCACAAAGACAAGGGAGAAUAGUGAAAGGAUUGCCACGGAGGAAACUGGACAUACAGUUUCCCAUUUACUUACUUUUCUUCCGUUUUCUUUUUCUUUUCUGAGAAAUGAUUGCAGAGCUGGUGUCAAGCGCAGUGGCUUUGGUCAUCUAUCUUAACACCUUGGGCGCUGAUUUUUGCUACGAUGACAGCCGUGUGAUCAAAACCAACCAAGACCUACUUCCAGAAACACCUUGGACGAACAUCUUCUACGAUGACUUCUGGGGGACCCUCCUCACCCACAGUGGGAGCCACAAGUCGUACCGACCCCUCUGCACCCUGUCCUUCCGCCUGAAUCAUGUCCUGGGAGGUUUGGAUCCCUGGGGCUACCAUUUGGUUAAUGUGGUGCUCCACAGCCUGGUCACAGGCCUCUUUGUCAGCCUCUCCCGGCUGCUGCUGGGAGGUGGGCGCUGGACGCUGGUGGCCGGCCUCCUCUUCGCCUUGCACCCGGUCCACACAGAAGCGGUUGCUGGGGUGGUUGGCCGGGCCGACGUGGGCGCUGCACUCUUCUUUCUACUGUCACUGCUGUCUUACGUGAAGCACUGCGCGCUACGGCUGAAGGAAUCCCACCGUUCUGCCGCUUCCUGGGCCUUUUUGGUGCUGAGCCUGGCCAGUGCUGCCUGCAGCAUGCUUUGGAAGGAGCAGGGUGUCACCGUGUUGGCCGUGUCGGCCGUCUACGACAUCUUCGUUUUCCACAGACUCCGGAUCCGUCAAGCCAUCGUCCUGCUUUACAAGAGGAGGAACGUCGGCCUGCUCCUCAGUGUGAGUUUGCUGGCCACCUGGGGCGCCGUUCUGCUGGCGGCUCGUCUCUACUGGAUGGGCAUGAAGCCGCCCAGCUUCUCCAGCUCUGACAACCCGGCAGCCGACUCGCCCAGCCUUCUGACCAGGAUGCUCACCUUCUUCUACCUGCCCGCUGUCAACAUGUGGAUGCUCAUGUGCCCGAACACUCUGAGCUUUGAUUGGUCCAUGGAUGCGGUGCCCCUGCUGAGGACCAUCACCGAUUGGAGGAACGUUCACUCUGUGGUCUUUUAUGCUGGAUUAUUGCUAUUAGCCCGGUUCGGCCUUCAGAACCCGGCCAGAGUCCGAGAGACCGACGGGAGAGCCCGUGUCACCAAUGGGAAGCCCUUCACCAAUGGCAACAGCCAACAUAUGCAUCUGAAGCACACAGACGCGGAAAUACCAAAUAAUGUUCAGAAUGGUACAAAAUUGCCCUGCAAGCCACGGACUACACUGCCCACCACGGAAAAUGUUGUGGUUCUCUCCUUGAGCCUGUUGUCCAUUCCCUUCCUUCCGGCCGCCAACUUGUUCUUCUACGUGGGCUUCGUGGUCGCCGAGCGGGUCCUCUACAUCCCCAGCAUGGGCUUCUGCCUGCUGGUGGCGGUGGGCAUGAGGUCCCUCCAUAUCCGGCUGCAGAGGCACCCUUCCCGCGCCCUCCUGCUCUGCUGCAGCACCGUGCUCUUCCUCUUGCACGGAAUGAAGACGGUAUUAAGGAAUCGGGACUGGCAGAGCGAGGAGAUGCUGUACCGGUCGGGGAUAGCGGUUAACCCUGCUAAAGCAUGGGGUAACCUUGGGAACGUCCUGAAGAACCAGGGCAGGACUGCAGAGGCAGAGAAGGCCUACCUGAAUGCAUUGUAUUUCCGCAGGAACAUGGCUGACAUGCUUUACAACCUAGGUCUGCUGCUGCAGGAGAACAGCAGACCCUCGGAGGCCCUGCACUACUACAGGCUGGCCAUCAUGAGUCGGCCCACACUAGCCUCCGCCUACUUGAACACGGGGAUCAUCCUGAUGAACCAGGAGCGUCUGACCGAGGCCAAGAGGAUGUUCCUCACCUGCUCGGACAUUCCUGACGAGAACCUGAAGGACCCCCAAGCCCACCGAAGCUCCGUGACCAGCUGCCUCUAUAACAUGGGCAAGCUUCUCCAUGAGCAGGGCCACCAGGAGGAGGCCCUCGCAGCCUUUAAGGAGGCCAUACGGAAGAUGCCGGGUCAGUUUGCACCGCAGAGUCUCUACAACAUGAUAGGAGAGGCCUACCUGAGACUGAACAAGCUGCCCGAGGCUGAACGCUGGUACCGGGAGUCGCUGAGGGCCAAGCCUGACCAUGUCCCUGCCCACCUGACUUAUGGGAAGCUCCUGGCCCUCACUGGGCAAAAGGCAGAAGCUGAAAAGUACUUUCUGAAGGCUAUUAAGUUGGACCCUUCAAAAGGGAACUCUUAUAUGCACUAUGGUCAGUUUUUGUUGGAGGAAUCGCGGCUUGCGGAGGCAGCAGAGGUGGCGAGGAAGGCCGUGGAGCUGGAGAAGGGCGAGUUCGAUGUGGUCUUCAAUGCCGCCCACAUGCUCCGACAAACGCGCCUGAAUGAAGCAGCUGAGAACUAUUACAGACUGGCGGCAAGCCUGAGACCCAAUUACCCUGUGGCCCUGAUGAACCUUGGCGCCAUCCUUCACCUCAACGGGAAGCUGCAGGAGGCCGAGACCAAUUACAUGAGAGCCCUCGAGCUCAAACCCCACGAUGCUAUCACCAAGUCCAAUCUGCACAAGCUCUGGAACGUCAUGGCCAAGCAAGGCAUGAGAACCACAGACUCAAGACAGACACAGAGGGAGGAAUUCAGGGACAAGGUUCUUCAUGAACACAAAACGUGAAGUCAGAGUGUCAACCUGAACACAGCCACUCCAUACUAUCAGAGGUGGACAUUUCAGGUCCAGAAAGUACAAAUACAAAGAUUUUGUUCCAACCAACCACUGGUGUAUGUUACAGUCACUGAGCACUCAACUGGUUGGUUGAAGCAAAAGCUUGGUCUUGAUUUUUACUUUCUGGACCUGAAAUGGUCACCUCUGCAUACUAUGCUGUAUACUCUUAAGUAGAAUAUUUAGACAGAGGUAAAAAGGUAAUCCCUUUCUCUAAAUGACGAUUAAUUUAAUUAGUCCUCUAAUUUAAAGUGUGCUGUACUUAAAGCUACAUUGAAGGCCUAAAUCCUUCUGAUAAACUUUAAGUAAUGAUUGAUUGGCAGACAUUAAAUUAAGGUGAAAAAUACGUCUAAAACAUAUCAUUCUUAGUUUGUAUUCAUUACAGUUCAUAGGUCCUUGUAAAAGUGCAUCCUCAGCAGCCGAUUGUAAUGGUUACCACUCUGCCCCUUGGGCAACACGCAGUGUUUCCCAAUCCAGUCCUCGGGGACCCACAGCCAGUCCAUAGUUUUGCUUCUUUCCAGCUCCUGGUAAAACGUAGACUGUCUGGCAGGGAGCUGGGAGGGAGCAAAAACGCGGACCACUGUGGGUGCCUGAGGACCGGGUUGGGAAACACUGGGCUAAUGGGCCCCGUGUGGACCUCGUUAAUGAGAUUAAGCUGCUGUGCUGGAGCUCGAACAUGCAAACUACCAUGACCACUAAGGAUCAAGCAGUGUAUCCCAUAUAAAACAGAUCGGGGCCUCCACUCUCUGUCAGGGUCUGAGCUCUGCUGGUAUUAAUUCUUGAGUGUAUGUUGAAUUUUUCUGCCUGUGUGGGACACAGAUGGGAUGCUGUAUUUCUCAUGAGGACACAGCGGAUGCGAAACAGUGGAGUGAAUGCACUGAUUACAAUGGAUCACAGUUCUAGCAGCCAAGAUAGAAGAAUUUUAUACUAUCAAGCCCAAAGGUACACAGUAAACGACCUGCAGAACGUAGCAUAAUCAGUCAAAUUGGCUUCCAUAGAAAAGGCAUCAAGUCUGCUCACACAUAUGCCUUCUGUGUGUACAUUUGGUCUUUCUACGUAUUUGUAUAUUUUGAUAGAAAUGUAUAUUUGUUAUGGGAGAAGAGUGCAAAUGUUAUCAUCAUAACAACAGGAUAACAAUGAUUAAUUAAGCAGGAUAUUCCUGAAUUGAUGUCUCCCUCUUUAAAUGCAGUGUUAGAAUGUUAAAUUAUUGAACAUUAUUGAUUGUGUUUUCACAGAAAAAUGUUUGUAUCAUUCAUUAUUCAGCAGAAAAAUUUGAAAUUAACCAAUAUGGUUUGUCCUCCAUUUAGCGAUGCAUGAGCCCAAGUGAAGCAAAACUGCCACUGUCAUAGUAUAGAUGAGAAGACGGUUUUUCAUCCAACAGCAGAGUCAAAGAAAACAAAGGGAAAAUCAUAGUGCAGAUUCUUCCUCAAGUGCCUCGACUCAGGGAUUCCAAUUCUCAUUGAAGAAAAGUGCUAACAAGUACAAAGAAUAAUUAAUUCUGUGUUUGUUUUUGAAAGUUGCAUUUCUACAAAUGAUAGCGACCACGACUGUUCCUGUUUGUAAGAUACGCUCUAGCAUUUAGGUGCCUGACUAGAUCUUGCUAGUUUUACCUUUUCACAAUAAAAGUUUCA